GGACUUGGUCCUGGACGCGGAUACACAUGAAGCAGCCUCCCCCAUCCCCACUUUCCCCGCUGCAAGUAUUCCUCUUGGUUAAAGGCGACCCAUCGUGGCAUAUUACUUUUCCUCGCCAUCUCUCCUAACACCUCCCCCUAUUCUGGCUGCUUCGGUUUCUACUCCAUCACAGAGCCAAGCAAGCACCAUGGACACCCAGUGUGUCGCCGUCGACAACUCAUGGGGCCCGUGGGCCGGGGAUUGCCGUGGGGGCCUGGAUUUUACCCUUCUCUUUGAGGAGUCCGUCUUCUGCAUCCUGCCCACCGCCCUCCUGCUCAUUGCCGCCCUCAUUCACAUAUCAUGCCUGCGCGGGAGAGCCAAGACGGCGAGGAACGGGAUCCUCCUUCCCCUGAAGCAGGGUCUAAUCGGCAUUCUGGGAGCUUUGAAGCUCGCUCUGCUCAUCCUCUGGGCCGUUUCGGGGCCACAGAAGACGAAGAUUACUCUUACUGCUGCGGCACUCAACUUCUUGGCUGUGUUCCCCCUCUGCUUGCUAUCGUACUGCGAACAUGUUUUCCGCGUCUCCCCAAGUCUCCUGGUAGAGCUCUAUCUCCUUCUCACCAUCGGUUUCGAUAUCGUGAGAGUCAGAACCAUGUGGUUCCUGCCAGGGGCGACAACCCUCGCGGCAAUGGAGUCUGUGACAUUGGCCAUCAAGCUCGCUCUGGCGAUUGCCGAAGCGUGGGCCAAGGACGGGCUCCUCCAGGAGUCCGACAAGGCCUAUACCAAAGAGCAGCUGGCGGGUCUAUAUGGCAGGACCCUAUUCCUCUGGCUUGGGAGAACGCUGUGGAAUGGCUUCAAUCGCUUUCUCAAUGCGUCGGAUCUCUUUGGUCCUCGGGACGAUGAGUCCGCGGAAUUACUCCGCGAUCGUUUCCGACAGAAUUGGGCUCAGCGUCUUGACAAAUCCGGAAAGACGGCACUGCUCCUCACGCUAUUCAAGUCCAUGCCGGAACACUUCCUCGUUCCGGCCAUCCCGCGAGUGGCGAUCGUGGCCAUCACUCUCGCCCAACCGAUGCUGCUGGAACGGAUGCUCGACUUUGUCCAGGGAGGGGGCUACAACCAGCGCGCCGACAUCGGAUAUGCCCUGAUUGGGGCCUUCGGCGUGCUGUACAUCCUGACGGCCGUCUUCAAUGCCUGGUUCGCGCACUCUUCCAACAGGCUUGCCCUCGAGCUGCGAAGCCAGUUGAUCGAUGCCACGUACCGGCACUUGCUGCGCCUGAGGCCCGCUGCACUCGACACGGGCAAGGCCACAACCCUCAUCAACGUGGAUAUGCAGCACAUCAUGGAUGGCUCGCUCAUCCUCCAUGACAUCUGGGCCAGCGUGCUCACCGUCGGCAUUGCUGUGUAUCUCUUGUACUUGCAGAUCCAGCUUGCAUUCAUUGCACCGCUUCUUUGCACGCUGGUCAUGACUGUUCUAGGUGGACUGUUUGGCGGUCCAAUAGGCCAAAGACAAGUGGCGUGGCUUGCCGCGACCGAGAGCCGGGUGAAAUCCACCAUGACCAUGAUAUCAAGCUUCAAGGAAGUCAAGAUGUUGGGCCUCUCAGGGGACUAUCUUCAAAGCCUCCAGAAGCUCCGUCUGAACGAGGUCCAGCUUGGCAGACGCUUUCGGCGAAUCAUCUCUAUCGUUAUUGUACUGUCUGCCGCCUCCACCGAGCUGUCAAUCCUUGUUGCCUAUGGCGGUUUCGCAAUAAUCAGCAAGAUCCACGGUGUCCCUCUCACAGCCCAGACUCUUUUUGCAUCCCUGGCACUCCUUCGCAUCUCCCUAGAUCCCCUCUUCCUUCUCAUCCAGGGCACGCCCACUCUCGUGUCGAUGUUCAAGUGUCUCGGACGAAUCCAGGACCUCCUCAACGACGACAGGCAAAUGGGUCAUGGUCUUGAGGGCUCGGGAGCAUCAUCUCCAAACAGCCUCAUCAGAGUCAAGAUGGCGCCGGACAGUGACGCGGCACUGAGCCCCUUUCCGGGUUACGUCCAGCACGUGCCACAGCUUGGUUACAGUGACAUCAGCCCUCCGUCGCAUCUCGUCGAGAUUGCUGAUGCCACUUUCUGCUGGAAGGACCGGGACGUUCCGGUCUUGUACGUCAUGGCGCUCUCGAUCCAGCCGUCUUCAUUCACAGCCAUCAUCGGGCCAGUCGGUUCGGGCAAAUCCACCCUUCUCAAGGCCAUGCUCGGAGAAGUGGAGCAGAUCUCGGGCUUCAGGCGACUCCGCCCUAACCUCAGGGUAGCGUAUUGCGACCAGGAGCCGUGGCUUCUCGACCAAUCCGUCCGAGAGAACAUCGUGGGCUCCUUGCCGUACGAUCCGGAGUGGUUCAAUAUGGUUGUCGACGCUUGUGCGUUGACCCAAGACAUAUCUGGCCUCGCCAAGGGAGACGAGACGGGCGUGGGAAGUCAAGGGUCCGCGAUGAGCGGCGGCCAACGAAGUCGCAUAGCUCUUGCCCGCGCCAUCUACUGCAGGCCGGAUCUCCUCCUCCUUGACGACAUCUUCAGCGGUCUAGAUCGGAAGUCGGCGCAGCAUGUCUUCUCCGCCCUGUUCUCAGAAACAGGACUCCUAGCCAGGCUCCACUGCGCAGUCACGCUGGCCACUCAUUCCACUCAAUUCCUGCCCCGGUUCGAGACGAUUCUCGUGUUGAAUAACGGGAUCAUCACCCACCAGACUGGCUACGACGAACUUCUCGCAGAGGGAAUCAUCAACGUGGAGAACAUGUCGGACGGAUCCGAGUCCCUCGGCAAGGCAGACUCCAGUUCAAGUGGCGACGGACAAGUCGCUCUCAUCAACCAAGGCGCUGAUGAUGAGGAAAUUGUGAACAGUCGAUCUCCGUCCGACUUCACCGUCUACUGGUACUUCCUGAAAUCCUGUGGCCUGAUGGGGAUGUCUCUAUUCUUUGUCCUCGCUGCGAUUUUGGCGGCCGAGAGAUCUUUCGAGAGCGUCUGGCUGAAGAUGUGGGCCGAGUCAACUAAUCAUUCCUUGACCUACUACAUUACCAUCUUUACAGGGCUCAUUGUGGGCGGCCUGACUCUGCUCUACGGCUUGUGCUUCUUCUUUUUCGAUGUCUUGCUUUCCUCGUCGUCCUUGAAGCUGUACUUUGGACAGCUCAACACCCUGAUGAGAUCUUCCAUCUCGUAUGUUGUUUCUGUCGGCUCAACAACGCUUGCGAAUAGGUUCAUACAAGACAUCAUGCUUAUCGACGAUGAAUUACCAAUGGCUUUGGUGAACGUCACAACCGCCCUUUUCGGAGCCUGCGCCGAGGCGGUCAUCAUCUUCAUCUCUUCCCAAUAUGUCUCUGUUUCGGUCCCAAUCCUAGUCGGCAUGCUAUGGAUCAUCCAAAAGUUCUACCUCAGAACAUCCAAACAGCUCCGUCUGAUGGACAUCGAGGCAAAGGCCCCCUUAUCCGCCUUUGUCCUGGAGACCAUCCAAGGCAUCGUUUCCAUCCGAGCCUUUGACCGCACCGGGGAGUUCUCGUCGAGGAACACGACCCACUUGGACUACUCCCAGCGAGCCAUGUACAUGCUCCUUUCGGUUCAGGUCUGGCUGAAGAUGAUUCUCGAUUUUGUGGUAGCCAUCUUGGCAGUGCUAGUGACGAGCCUUGCUGUCAACUUCCGGUCUUCUCAAUCCCUUGGCUUCCUCGGACUUGCCUUGGUCAACCUGAUCUCACUCAGCUCAAGCUUCAAGUAUCUCAUCACGUUUUGGGCACAGCUGGAGACUUCGAUUGGAGCCGUCGCCAGGAUUAAGCGCUUCAACACCGACGUCGAGCCAGAAGAGAAGCUGGAGCUUCCAGCGCCUCACAGGAAUUGGCCCGGUCGAGGAGAGAUCGAGUUCCACCACGUAUCCGCGACAUACAAUCCGAGCUUGCCGCCCGCGUUGUACGACGUGAGUCUGUGCAUCCAGCCCGGCACGAAAGUCGCCGUUUGUGGCCGAAGUGGAAGUGGAAAAUCAUCCCUCCUCGCCACCCUCCUCCGCUGCCUUGACCUCAGCUCCGGCACAGUGGUCAUAGACGGCCAAGACAUCACCAGGGUGUCGCGGGACUCGCUCCGCAAGCGAAUCAUGACUCUUCCCCAGAAGGCCCUCUUCAUCAACGCCUCCAUCCGGGAAAACAUGACCCUGUGGGACGAGGACCCGUCCCGCUCUCCGGAAGAGACAGACGCGCUGAUCGAAGCCGUCCUCAGGAAGGUAGGCAUCUGGGAUGCCCUGUUCGCCCGCAAGAAUCCUAAGAAGGAGGAGACGUCUUCCGAGUCCGAGGUCGAGGACAAGGACAAGGACAAGGACAAAGAUAAGGAUAAGGAUAAGGAUAAGGAUAAGGAUCAGGAUCAGGACAAGGACAAGGACAAGGACAAGGCCAAGGACAAGGCCAAGGACAAGGGCGAGGAUAAUGAUAAGGAAAAGGACAAGGAAGCGGAGCCCGUCUCGCUAGACAGCGACCUCGAUCCCGAGGAGCGGCUCAGCAUCGGCCAGCAGCAACUGUUCUGCUUGGCGAGGGCGCUGUUCCAGCGCGGGAGCUCGCAGAUCGUACUGAUGGAUGAGUUCACCAGCAGCAUGGACCGCGAGACGGAGAUGCUGGUACGCCGGGUCGUGAAGGAGGAUCUGAAGGAGAAGACAGUGGUCGAGGUCAUCCAUCGGCUGCAGCAUAUCAUGGACUUUGAUCUGGCCGUGGUGGUGGAGAGUGGGAGGGUUGUUGAGGUGGGUCAUCCGGCGGAGCUGCUGCAGAAGGAGAGUGGGCUUCUGCGGGAGCUGUACCAGACGAUGCAGGGAUAAAUCACAUGGCAAGCCGUGGCACAGAGUUAGACCUAGAUGAUUUCUGGGGAACGGACUGGUAUUUAUGGAUGAUGCUCAGACCAUAGUACCAAAAGAACAGUCGUUACUCGUCAUUCCCCCC